GUGAGCCCUGUGCCUUGUCCCACCUGGGCCAGCUGCUCUGGGGAAUGUGAAUGGUCUGCGGCGGCGGCGGCAGGGAGGAGGCUGCUGCUGUGAGUAGAGGUCUCGCGAGCCCCUCUCAGAAAGCUGCAGCCAUGGAUAUAUUUGGUGACCUGCGGCGAAUGAACAAGCGCCAGCUCUAUUACCAAGUCUUAAAUUUUGCCAUGAUUGUGUCUUCGGCGCUGAUGAUAUGGAAAGGCCUUAUUGUUAUCACUGGGAGUGAGAGUCCUAUCGUUGUAGUGCUCAGUGGCAGCAUGGAGCCAGCCUUCCACAGAGGAGAUCUGCUGUUCUUAACAAACUUCCGGGACGACCCCAUCAGGGCCGGGGAAAUAGUGGUUUUUAAAGUCGAAGGCAGAGAUAUUCCGAUUGUACACAGAGUAAUCAAAGUUCACGAAAAGGAAAACGGCAACAUCAAAUUUCUGACCAAGGGCGACAAUAACGAAGUUGACGACAGAGGCUUGUACAAAGAAGGCCAGAACUGGCUGGAGAAGAAGGACGUUGUCGGCAGGGCACGAGGGUUUUUGCCGUAUGUUGGAAUGGUGACCAUAAUCAUGAACGACUAUCCAAAAUUUAAGAUAUCAUUCCCGUUUCAUAUUUCUGAGGGCAGCAUCUUGCUUUGCAUCAAGGAUCAUGCUGGAGAAUUUUUGCGAGCUAUGCUCUCCUGGCUGUCAUGGGCGCGUAUGUCCUCCUGAAACGAGAAUCAUAAAAGACUGAACAUGGAACUGCCUUGCGCAACUCUUGAGCGUAGAUAUACAAAGAGAUACUAAUAUAUUUGAACCGUCCCUGUGUCUGUACAAAAUAUUUCAUGGUCCGCAGACAAUACUGUCCCAAUGAAUUUUCCUGUCCGUGCCACAAUCUUAACCCAUUUUUUUGUGCAUAAGUCCUACUGGUUGCAUCUGAACGAACCUCUAAGUGUUCUUACAACUGGAUCACAAACGCUGUCCACUGGUAUUUUGUUUACAAUAUUGUUUUGAGUUUCUUCAUGUUUUCACGGUUGCUUUUCAGCAAGGCAUAUAAAUGGGCAGAAUGACUGGGAGGGAGGGUUCAAUAUCAUGGAAAUUUCAGCGCUUAGGUUGGGGCAGGGGGCGGGUUAAACGUUCCAGAACUAGGCCAAACAUCUAGGUGAAACAGAUCUUCACUGCAUGGAUAUGGUUGCUUGGAAGCAUUUUAGACAGUAACUCAAUGGCGUUUGAGUCUUGAGUUCCCUUUGGUUAUAUCUUAGCUAAGAAGCCCAUUGAUGAAGUUCUCCCUGUGCUGUUUCAACCCUGUUUCACUAGGUAUUUUUGUCAAGCCACACAUAGUUCAUUCUUGUAAGUAGGUUCACCAAGUAUUCCAGCAUCCUAUCACAAUUCUUCUGAUUAUAUAUAUAGUGGCUCGUUUGUGAGGGGAGACUUUUCUGUCGCAAAAUUGUACUGCUGGACUGGGCUUGUCUGAGAAGAGCAGGUUAAGUUGACAAUCUUGGCUCUCGGUGGCUUGAGUUGGGCUUGUGUUAUUCUCUCAUAGACGAGGAAGAGCCCCGUGCAGAUUCAUCGAGCUGGUUCUGCUCCUCCCUGGGUAGCACUGUCAUCUGCAUCAUUCUGCCCACAAGAACUUGGACCACACACAAGGUGUAGAUGCAUGAGAAAAUUGUCACCAGUAACCAACCAGGAACAUUCCUGUGUUUGAAGACACCCACACUGCCUUGUGUGAAUUAGCAACAGAUGCAACUCACGUCUUGCAGUGUGUGGUCCACGAGAUCCUAAACCUCUGGAAGACGGAUCAGGUCCACUCAAGCCUGCUGAGAAGCUGAUGUGGCAUCCCAGGAUUUCAGUGUACAUCACUGAUCUCUCCUUCCCCCAGGAGUAAAGCACUGGGUGAGGAGGAUCACUGUACCUGCUUACUAAACAACCCAGAAACACCACAUUCUGAGCUACAUGACAUGCAGUUGUGCACAUGUGUACAUCUUCUGCAGACUUGCUAUUUCUCUCAGGAGCUGCUUCUUGGGGUAGGGGGAAGGAAUCCCAUAGUUUUGGAGGACACUCCAAGGCCCAACUCUUGAGAAAAACCUGGAUUGGGACCAACCAAAAUGUGGGGAACUUUUGGGUCACCUGGAACUCUUGGUUAGGCGAGAUGUCACCCAAAACUAGGUGGUAGGAUUGAGUUGGAAAGGAAAGGCAAAACGUCGUAUCCACGAGGUAAAAUAAAAGGCAUUACCCAACCAAGUUUUUCUCUUACGGACCAAAACUUUUGCUUUAUAGUGUGGAAAGUGAUGCUGAGGUACGAGUAUUAUGGAUUGCUCCAAGAUUCACCUGUAGAAAUUAACAGACCUGCAGAAAUGUAGCAUAAAGAGCUUUCUUGUGGGUGAUUUAAGCCUGUCCAGCAGUUGUGGCUUGUUCCAAAUCUCUCCCGGAAAAUGGCAUUUUGUAUUGGUGCUCAGAAUCUCCGAUUGUUCACACUCUCCCAUGUUAAGAGCACUCCUGCCCAUUUUUGGCUUUUUACGAUCCCUUCAUGGCCUUAGAGAAGUCACUUUAACAAUGUGAAUAAUAUUUGUGUGUGGGUUUUGUUGUUUUUUUAAUCUUGAAGAAUACUUUUGCCUUUCUGCAUAAACACGGUUAUAAAUGUUGUCCGCUCCACGAAACUGCCUGCCUUUAAAAGUAAAGAAAGUUCACUGUUAUGAAGAUUUGUGACAUCUGUGUGAAAGGACCUACAGAAAAGCGUUAAGUGAAAAGUGGAAGUUCAGCUGGGUCUUUGGGACAUGGGACAUAAUAAACGUGGUGGCCCCGAAAACAUCUCAUUCAUUUGUCUUAUCAUGCUAUGCAAUAAUAUCAUUAAAGACUUGCUGUCUUGGUCUAUGA